AUGUCGGCGCGGCGCGGCCUCCUCGUCGCGUUUAUCGUUUUGGAUAACCCGCAGAGUUCCGUGCUGGACAUGCAGUCGGUGUCGUUCGCGUCCGGGAAGCCGACGUUCACGAAGUACCUCGACACGUUCCCGUUCCCGUUCUACACGCUCGUGCAGGACAUCGGGCGGCUCCCGAGCGUGAUCUCGGACCUGUUGCGGCAGUGGAUGGAGAUCGCGGCGGCGUGA